AUGGGCCUGGCCAAGGCCCUGCGCCGCCUGAGCGGCGCCCUGGAGUCGGCAAACAAUCGGGCGGGAGAUGAGGAGCAGGCCGGGCCGGAGUUGUGCCGCAACGGGUGGGCGCCAGCGCAGUCGCCAGUGGGGCGGCGCCGUGGGCGCUUCGUCAAGAAGGACGGGCACUGCAACGUGCGCUUCGUGAACCUGGGCGGCCAGGGCGCACGCUACCUGAGCGACCUGUUCACCACGUGCGUGGACGUGCGCUGGCGCUGGAUGUGCCUGCUCUUCUCCUGCUCCUUCCUCGCCUCCUGGCUGCUCUUCGGCCUGGCCUUCUGGCUCAUCGCCUCCCUGCACGGAGACCUGACUGCCCCGCCGCCAACCGCCCCCUGCUUCUCGCAGGUGGCUAGCUUCCUGGCCGCCUUCCUCUUCGCGCUGGAGACCCAGACGUCCAUUGGCUACGGCGUGCGCAGCGUCACCGAGGAGUGUCCGGCCGCCGUGGCCGCUGUGGUGCUGCAGUGCAUCGCCGGCUGCGUGCUGGACGCCUUUGUCGUGGGCGCCGUUAUGGCCAAGAUGGCCAAGCCCAAGAAGCGCAACGAGACGCUGAUCUUCAGCGAGAACGCCGUCGUGGCGCUGCGCGACCGCCGCCUCUGCCUCAUGUGGCGCGUCGGCAACCUGCGCCGCAGCCACCUCGUCGAGGCCCACGUGCGGGCCCAGCUGCUGCAGCCUCGCGUGACUCCGGAGGGUGAGUACAUACCGCUGGACCACCAGGAUGUGGACGUGGGCUUUGAUGAUGGCACCGAUCGCAUCUUCCUUGUGUCUCCCAUCACCAUCGUGCAUGAGAUCGACUCCGCCAGUCCUCUGUAUGAACUAGGACGCGCCGAGCUGGCCCGGGCUGACUUUGAGCUGGUGGUCAUUCUCGAGGGCAUGGUCGAGGCCACAGCUAUGACCACACAGUGUCGCUCUUCCUACCUCCCUGGUGAGCUGCUCUGGGGACAUCGUUUUGAGCCGGUCCUCUUCCAGCGUGGCUCCCAGUACGAGGUCGACUAUCGCCACUUCCAUCGCACUUACGAGGUCCCAGGGACACCCGUCUGCAGCGCCAAGGAGCUGGACGAACGGGCAGAGCGUGCUUCCCACAGCCCCAAGUCUGGCUUCCCCGGCUCUCUGGCAGCAUUUUGCUAUGAGAAUGAACUUGCUCUGAGUUGCUGCCAGGAGGAAGAGGAGGAAGAGGAGGGAGAGGAGGGGGAUGCGGCAGAGGCAGAAGACAGGGCUGCCGGCCCCCGAGUACUCACACCAACUCUGGCGCUGACCUUGCCCCCGUGAUACAAGCUGGUACCUCCCUACUUGUACCCCUUUCCCAGAGGUAGCAAGAUGAA